AUGCGGAAUGCCCUGGCCUAUCUUGUCCUAGCUGGCACAGUUCAAGCAACGAUUCGACUCGGACGAUACGCAACGAUCAUCGAAGCCCAGGAACUAAACACCGAAAGUUCCUAUGAUUUCGUAGUUGCUGGCGGGGGCAUCGCAGGACUGACAGUAGCCGAUCGAUUGACUGAGAACCCCAACGUCACAGUACUCGUUAUCGAGUACGGCCCACUUGACCAGCGCGAAGAUGGGGUCAUGGUGCCAGGUGCAUACUUUCCCGUGCCUUACCUCUGGCUUCCUCUUAUGAGCACUCCACAAGCUGCAUUGGAAGGUACGUCGUACGGUGUACCAUGCGGUCGUGUCGUUGGGGGAGGCUCUGUCGUCAACGCCAUGUUCUUCCACAGAUCUGAUGCAAGCUUCUACGACACUUGCGAGAUGUUAGGUGCUCAAGGGUGGUCGUGGGAGGAUAUGUUACCAUACUUUAAAAAAAGCGAAACUUUCAGCCGACCAGAUCUGCAGUACGCAGCAGAUCAUAACAUCACCUGGGAGGACUCAGCACAUGGAUUCAAUGGGCCAGUACAAACAAGCUACGCACCGUACGAUUAUCCCGGAAGCGCCAACUUCUACAACGGAGCUAUCAGCAUGGGCAUACAGCCAGCACAGGAUCCAGGUAACGGGAAUGCCCAGGGCAUUUUUCGCCUCCAGCGCUCUAUCGACGCGAAAGCUCAGACAAGGUCUUCUGCGCGGGUCAACCGAUUCGACCAAGACAUUGCGAGGCCCAACUACCAUAUCCUAACCAAUACUGCCGUGUCGCGUGUCUUAUUCAAAGCUAAUGCUGCUGUUGGCGUCGAGUUCAUAGGCGUUGCGAAUUCGAUUCAUAAGACUGUGAUUGCCAGAAAAGAGGUAAUUGUAGCGGCUGGAGCAGUCCAUUCCCCACAAAUUCUGCAAUUAUCAGGCGUUGGCAGCGCGGCUUACUUGAAAAGGUUUGGCAUUAGGUCUGUUGUUGACCUUCCUGGUGUGGGCCAGAAUCUGCAAGAUCAUCUGGUGCUGAAGGUCAAUUACAAUUACACUUCUAACCACUUUCCAAAUAGUGGUUCCUUGCAGAAUAAUGCUACAUUUGCGACUGAACAACGGGCUCUGUACAAUACUGGCAGGCCGAGCGCAUACGAUCUCACUGCUACGACUGGCAACCUCAUGAUCCAACUAUCCCUCUCAGGCUGGACGGCCAACAGUUCCUCAAUUAUAGAUCUAGCCAAAGCUCAAAACCCUGCAGUCCUGUUGGGUGGUAAUCCUGACCUCACCGUUCUUCGUGGAUUCACAAAGCAACGAGAAGCCAUACAGGAGACCAUCAACACUGCAGUCGUCGGCGGCGUGUCUUGGAACACGGGUCCCGAGACCAGUAUAUACAUGACUCGCCCUUUCAGUCGUGGAUCCAUUGCAAUCAAUUCGACAUCAAUUUUCAUUUCGCCCCUGAUCGAUUAUGGCGCUCUUACGGACCCGACCGACCUCGAGAUCCUGCACGCUAUCUACAGAAGGAAUCGCGAGCUCAUGUCAACCCCAGCAAUGUCUGUGCUCGGCCCUAUAGAAACAUUCCCAGCCCCUGGUGUGAACAGCACGAACGAGAUUAAGGCAGCUAUCAAGAAGGCUCUUGCACCAAGCAACGCUCAUCAAUGCUGCACAGCCGCAAUGAUGAGCCGGAAAGACGGCGGCGUUGUUGAUCCACAAAACAGAGUACAUGGUACAAAGAGGCUCAGUGUCGUAGAUGCAAGCAUCUGGCCACUUGUCGUCGGCGGUGGUCCCCAAGCUAGCAUCUACGCUGGUGCAGAGAAGGCUGCAGACGCGAUCAAGGCACGCCAUGGACUGUAA